AAACGUGGGGUUGUUCCAGAGGCCGCGUGGCGCCGCUCGCGCGCUCCGACCUAGUGGUGCACGGCCGGCCCGCGCGCCGCCCGCGCCCUCUACACGAGCGAGUCAAACGCGAGGCAGAGUCGGAAGCCGGGGACGUGAUCGACCUAGGCGCGCCGCGCCGCCCGCGGCGGCCGCCAGCCGAGUCUCGGCAGCCAGGCCGGCCGCGUACUCGGCCUCCCUACACGCCCAACCCGCGCCUGUACCCGGGGCCGCGUCCCAAGCUCAAGCGUGCGGAGCCCCGCGGAAACGAAGGCCGCGGCCGGCGCCGCAACCGCGUGUUUCGGCGGCCAGUGCCAAACCCGCGCCUGUACCGGCCCGCGCCCCUGCGCCCCCCUCCUCCGCCCGCUUGGCCGCGCGCUACCUGGCCGCCGCCCGUGCCUGCCUCCAGGCUCGAGACCGCUUCGCGCGUCGCCUUGCGGUUAAGCGAGCAACGGCGAGGCUGCCGCGCACGACUGGCCGAGCCUUCACCAGUGCGGGCCGAGCGCCCACGGGUCCGGGCCGCACGUUCUCCCGCGCGCUCGCUGCUCCUGCCUGCGCCGGCGCUGUCGCAGCCUUCGACGGCCGGCUCGCCCUCGCGACCCUCGCGGCGCCUGGUGGUGACUCUGCCAGUGCCGCCCAGCGCCUCCUGCGAGCCGCUGCCUCGCUACCGGCCAACGAGCGAGCACUUUCGGCAGCGUUCGCAGGCCGCGGAGUCCGACACGUCGACAUCGGUGGCGGGCCGGCCAGGUCUGUGCUCUCCUCCGUCGGCCGCCGCGCCCGCCAUGGACACGGGAAACAGACACUCGACCAGUCCGGAGGACUGUUCCGACGGCAACGAGAGUUUGUCCGCUCCCAGCGAGUUCCUGGCGGAGUUCCUGUCAGCGAUCAUGCGGCGGCAGUACGCCGAGGCGCUGAAGUACUGCCGGCUGAUCCUGCAGUACGAGCCCCACAACGCCACGGCGCGCGGCUUCUACCCGCUCCUGCAGCACAAGGUGCGCACGCAGCCCGCCGCCGGCGCCGACGGAGCGCGCCACGCCGCCGCCGGCGCUGACGGGGCGCACCGCCCGCUCGCCGCGCCCUCGUUCCCCGCCUCCGCCGGCUCCAGCGCCCAUCAAGAAAUGAUGGAGCAAGGCGCAGACGACUCGGACGGAUCGGCGUCAGGGUCGGCGUCGCGCUGCUCGUCGCGGUCGCGGUCAGCCGGCUCCUGCGCCUCGCAGUCCUCGCUGGAGCUCGACUCGUCCGACGCGCUGGCGCAGUCCUCGGCCAGCGCCUCGCUCAGCCGCCGCACGGACCACUCCGACAGUGCGGCGGGCUGCUGGGAGAGCACGGGUUCGGAGGAUGACAACGGCAACGCGGGCGCGGCCGGGGGCGCGGGGGCGCGCGCGGACGACGUGCACAACGACAACGUGGCGCCGCGCACGGACUCGGCGAGCUCGCUGCGCCGCCUGCGCGCGCAGUUCACGUGCUCCAUCAAGUGAGCCCCGCCGGGCUUGUCGUCGUCUUGUAUUGUACGCGUCACCUUCGUCUAAAGUUUGCUUUAUAUGUUGUUAGACUGUAUCUCUCUGUAGGACCAACGGUGGAGCAUAUCUCUCUUGUACGUAAUCGUCGUGUACUCGGUGUCUAGUGUCGCGUCACCUAGUGCGGGUCCUGUCCGCACUAAUGCCAGCUGCAGUACAUUACCGAGCCGUGUGGCGCGCGGCGCUGACAUAUCUUAGUGUGAAACCGGCACGACACGACACGCUAAUGUAUUUCUGCCAUUCAUUCUGCACGCACUGGCGGCGUCAGGUUGCCGAGAGUGCUUUUCCAAAAUAUAGUUGAUACUCUAACAUAUUGUCAUUUGUCACAUGUACCUAAACAUAACGCAAUACCCAGAUCACCCAGCCGGCCUCUGUCCGCGCGCCCAGCGACUGGCUACAGUGAGCGGCCUUUGACUGCUGUGUUAAACUGUUUGUUGUCGCAUUAACGCAUCCAGGAGCGUUGUGCGACGAAUGGCGAUUGAAAUAACGAACACGCAUAUGUAAAGACGGCAUUCGCAAUCGCUAUUCGCUCGUUCACCGUGGUAUGUGGGACAAGUGCCACCCCUCCAGCUAGCUGUAAGAAGUACCUUCGUCUGUAUGAGCUGAGUGUAACGAGAAGACUGAAUGAAGUGUCCCGGCACUAUGCUACAGACUACAGCUGACGCAGAUUGUAUUAGGUAUAUAUCCCUCAUAAAUAUACUCCUGCGUUUGUAUAGCCCGCGGCAACUAACGUGGCCAAAUUAAUUCAUGGUGUGGGUUCCUUCGCGCAUUGUUUAAUUCCACUAUUUCAUGGUUACUGUCAUCAUUAGUUUUAAUUUUGCGUAUUCGGAAGAAAGUUGAUAUUAUGGAAUAAAAAAAGGAAUUGAUGUGUGUGGAAUAAUGAGAAGAUACACAAUGCGCCAACACACCUGCGGACAACAACCUAGGUACCAUGGUUUGUCCCAUGACAUUGUCAAGUGUACCAAACUAUUUACAUUUUUUGUUAGUUUGCUAUGUCUAUUCUUUGCAAAACUUUCACUGCUACUGAUUUAUAUUUCGUGUUCGUAAAAACACUAAUAAAAAAUGUAUCAAAUUAAUGUGCAACUCAACUAUAGUCUGUAGUCUGGCUGUUCGUACAACCCUCGUCCUAAAAUUGAAGUGAGUAGAGGUUCAAUUUGUAACACUAACGGCACUAACGACUGCGCGUCUACCUAUAAAUUAAAACGUUGACCACAGGCUGCCAGCGACUUCACGAGGCCUACAUUAUUGGUGUUUGUAUGUUGUACAUAGAAUAUAUUGGUCACAGAUUAUUAAGCGUCAGUACGGGCACAUUUGUAUGUAUCAACCCAGUGGGACGCAAAACUGCGCACUAGGCGCCCUCUACCGGAACUGUUGCUGAUAAGUUCUUGGGAUUUCAUAUUUAUAUAAAUAUAUAUCUGUUUGUAAGGAAAUAAAACUUGUUAAAUGAU